UAAUUUUCAUAUGAUUAAUUGAAUUCAUUGUUGAAAUUAUAACAUAAAUUGAUAAAAAUAAGAGUUUCUUUUGUAAUUUACAACUUUUUUAAAAGCUAAGUAUAGGUUUCCCACUAGUUUCAGCGUCAUAUAGUUAAAAUUAUCAUAGUAUCAACGGCAUAACACUUCCUGCAAGAAUGGCAAAGUUUCAAAUAAAUACCAAGUCAAAAGACUAUUUACGUGACAAAGAAGCAUUUCUAAAGGAUUUAAAACAGUUCAACGAAAGCAAAAACAUACCAUACAAAGUACCAGUUGUCAAUGGAAUUGAAAUAGAUUUGUACCUUUUGUAUUCUCUCGUGCAGCAGAGAGGUGGACUUGGAAAGGUAAAUGCUAUGGACACAUGGGAAUCUUUUCUACGGCAGCUACGCUUACCACAUCCAUGUGUGAAUGGAUCAACAUUGCUAAGAAAAAUAUAUUCCAUGUAUCUUGAAAAGUAUGAAAGAGCUAAAGGGCCUCCUGGAAGAGAUGAUGACAUGGAUAUAGACGAGGACCCAAGAAGGACUAGAGGUGGUGGAAUGCCUCGAAUAUCAUUUGGUGGGGGCACAUAUAUUUCUGCAUCAGGUGAAGCUCUCCGACCUGUUAACCGUGGCGGGGGUCCAUCAGAAAGACUGACACUAUCACUGCUCUCUCCGAUGCCAAAUGAACAAGAUUUUGCAGUUAAUGUGUGCACGGUUCUAGCUGCUGAUCACUCUAACCGCCUCCCGCUUAGCACUACACCACACAUUUUGGACUUUCUACUGGCACAUGCUGGUGUCUACAAUCAUUCAAGUCUUAGAGACACAAUUGGCAGAUCAUACUAUGAGGCUCGAGGUAGAUAUCCCCACGAGUUCUGGGAGAUGCGAGCAGGUGGAGGCGGGGCAAAGGAACUAGCCGAUGAGACCAAGUUCAUGCAGCCUGGGAUUGAGCAACCAGAGCUGAUGGUGCAGGCUCUAGCUGCUCAUAACACCCUCACAGACUGCCUGAUGAAUGGUGGUGAGGAUGACGAAGCUUUGGAGAAGAUUAUGGAUGAUAUGGGUGGUGAGGUAGGUCUAGAAGAUUGGGUAACAGAACCCUCAGAAGAGGACCAGCUAUUCGCCCCUGAGUUGCCCGGAGGCGCGAGCUGUGUGUACACACAAAGAGUUCUGCAGAUUGCCUCCAUUGUCCGUUCCCUGUCGUUCCAUGAGGAGAAUCUACAGCAUUUGGCUCGCAAUACUACUCUUAUAAGGUUUUUAUUACUCUGUGCCAACUGUUGGGUAGGCUCGCUGCGACAAAGUGGACUGGACACGCUUGGAAAUGUGUCUGCAGAAUUAAUCAUAAAGGAUCCAGCCACAUGCCUCAUAUCCAGACAUGUUUUGUCGACAAUUCAGACAGCCCUCUCUUCUCCCGACCGAGCGCGUGUGUUGGCUGCGCUAGAGCUACUCAACAAGCUUGCUCAAAACGAAGCCAAUGAAGAUGCGUUACUCAAAGCACUUGAGGCUAAGGUGUACAACGAUGUAUGUGCGCUACUGACACUGCGCGACAUAAUGGUGCUCGUGUGCACGCUAGAGUGCGUGUACGCUCUCACGUCGCUCGGUGACCGCGCCAGUGAGGCAGUCGCUAAGGUGCCCGGGCUGGUGCACACACUUGUCUCACUCGUCACUGUUGAGGCCCAAAGCUACGGACCCCGUGCCUGUAUAUUAAUGCGCGUGGUCGAGACGGUGAGCGGACCGAGCGUGAACGUCGCGCCCGCCGCCGCGCCUGCGCCCACGCACGCCGCCGUCCAUACGCCGGACCCGUCGCACGCUGUACAGCAUCAGACCAACCAGGCGAGUAAACCGGAGCAGUCAUCGACACCAUCCACUCCAGUGUCAUCACUGCAACAGUCGCAUUUGCAACAGCGAACCGUACAGGAGAACGAGCAUUUCGCUAUAGCGUGGCUGCGUUCCGCGUACGAGCCGCUCCCCGCGUCCGAGAACGGCGCGAGCGACGCCGCCGACGUCUACCGUCAAUACCUCGCCUGCUGCGCCAAGAUGGGCCGCAAGGGGGUUAUAGCGCCAGCACACUUCCCCAGAUUAGUCAGGACCGUAUUCGGCGGUACUGUCGGUCCGAACACGGUGUCGACGUCGUCGGGCGAGACGCAGCAGGUGUACAUCGGGAUACGAGCCAGGGCCGUGCAGUCCAGACCCAGCCAGCCCGCAGGACCGUCAUCACCGAUUCUGAAAGCACAACUGACUAACAAACCGACGGUGGUCGAAACUAAACCAGCCGUCAUACAGUCUCCACAGCCGGUAGCAAGUCACUCGGGCGAUAGUCACAAUUCCUCGCUGAUCAAACACCUGCUCGCCACCAAAGUAAGCCCCGCCCCCGCACCGCAAGUGGCCCAGAGACAACAGAGUCAGCAGAGAGUGCCUACUCCAGGCACCGUACUCGUACAAGCGAAUCCAACUGGGAACAUGGAGUUAGACCCAGAGGCGCUUAUCAAGUGUACUACCAUCAUACCUGGAGGAGUCGCUGCUACUGAAAAUAAGGUUAUUAUAAGUACUGGUGAAGAUUCAGGAAUCAAGGACGAGCCCGUACAAAUCCAAAUCGACGAACAAGCACAACUAACAAUUAAGGCAGCUCAGAACAAAAUGCUAGCCGAUCUGCUUGAGAAGAAAUCUAACCCUCCGGUGCAAGUUGUACAGAUGGGCCCGCAAAUGAAUGCGCCCACCAUACAAAUCACGGAGACGGGCCAAAUCGUCCAAGUCAAGUCCGAGAGCAACCCUGUCCUGCAAAUUAACGCCGAGUCCGCGCAGGGCCCGUUCUUCCAAAUCAAGAACGACCAAGGCCAAGUGAUACACGUCAAGAAUGAGCAAGGCCAGAUUAUACAACUGAAAACGGACCAGAUUCAAGGGGUUAUACAGCAGGCGAUGCAAGCCCAACUGGCCCAAGGUCAGAUCACUCAGGGACAGAUUGUUCAAGGUCAAAUCGCCCAAGGCCAGAUUACGCAGGGGCAAAUGGGUUGUAUAAUACAGAACGUGAAAAGUGAAAAGGAAAUAGUUGAUACCGUUGUCACAGACCAUUCGUAUACGGAACCGCCUUCCAAAAAGCAGAAAACGGAGGAAAAGUCUGACAGCGGUCCACAAGAGAGUGUGUCCAAAACUGCGGCGAAUUUGUAUGCGGCCCUAGCGGCGUCCGCUUUGGAAGACGAAGAUGACCUACGACCACGGACUAUUCUUCUCGCUGGAUCUAUGGGUUCUAAGCUACCACCAAAGCAAGAGCCAGUGGAUAUAAUACAGCCAUCAGUUUUGGUGGCAGGACCUUCUGAAGGGUCUAUGAUCAUUCAAGAGCCGAUACUGCAGGUGCAACAGCCGUCAAUGCAAGUUCAGCAACCAACUCUGCAAGUACAAGCACCUACGAUGCAGGUGCAGCAGUCGCUGGCGGUGCAGCAGCCGAUGUUGCAGGUGCAGCCCAUGGACGUGCAGAACAUCAUCGCCUCGCAGGCCGGACAGAUUAUACUGCAAGAAAAACCAGUGUCAACUCAACCUACACAGUUCGUGCAGCAAAUUAUUGCGACACCGGGAACCGCCCAAGGUGGACUCAACUAUUUGGCCCAAAACCUACAAGGGAAUCUGAUGCAGAAAACUAUUCACAUCAUAGUACAGAACACUGGCUGUGGCCCCCUCACUUUAACGGUGAACAACCCAGGUGGCCUAGACGAGGCGACUCUCCACAGUCUUAUAGCGGAGGCAGUCACUCAGCAACAAAUUAUACAGAACACUGGCGUGAUACAGUCGACACAGAGAGUGAUAGUAAGCCAGCCCACAUUAGUGAACACCUCGCAGGCGAUUGCCGUGGUCAAAUCCACCAUCACACAGAAUACGCCGCAGAUGGCUCCGAGUCAACAACCGAUCAUAACGCCGCAACCGCAACCGCACAAGGCGCAAUUAGCGGGGCAACCGCAACAGAUCGUCGUCACGCAAAAACAACCGCCCGCGCUCAUAGCAACCGGGAGCAACAUAGUCGGCAACCAAAUUGUCGGAACCAACCAACAGAUCAUACAAGGCAACCAGCAGCUGUUGCAGGGCAACCAGCAGAUUAUCGCGGUUUCGAACAACCAGCAAAUCAUUGUGAAUACAGCCAUGAAACCGACAGUUCAGCGGGUUGUUCAAGCACCUAGAAGUCAGGUGAAUACUGUGUCGAUAUCGGGACCGACCACUACGACUAGCGACAGCAAAACCAAGGCACAGCCGGUGAUGAGACAGGUGGUCACUCGGCAGCCCGUCAUGGUGGGUAACACCAAGAUCGGCGACAAGGAAAUCGUGAGCACGCAACCAGUGCCUGAGGCGAAACCUCCAACGCCGAAGCCCUCUUCGACGCCCCCGCCGCCGCCGCUGCCGAUGGGCAUCGACGACAACCCCUGGAUAUGUCACUGGAGGGGUUGUGGCAAGGUGUUGGCGAGCCCGGCGGAGGUGUUCUCGCACGCGGCGCGCACGCACUGCCCGGGCUUGGCGGGCGGCGAGGCGCCCUGCCAGUGGCUGGACUGCGACCGCGUGCCGCGUAAGACCUUCGCGCUGCUCAACCACCUGUCCGACAAGCACUGUACCGCGCAGGCUCUCAAGUCGCUGUACAACCUGCGCAAACACGCGGCGCUGGAGGCGGACGGCAACAAGCCGGUAUCCGUGGGAUAUCCGCCCAACGCCGCCCUAGCUGCCCUCAAUAAACACGCCACAGAGACCUUUAACCCUAGAGAACUGAUGCACAGGGCCGAAUUCAGUCGCACGCCGGAGCAGAUGGAUGAAAACGAGGGUCCAGUCACGAAGAGCAUACGACUUACAGCCGCCCUUAUAUUGAGGAAUAUUGUUAUCUACUCAAAUACUGGAAGAAGAAUUCUACGGCCGUACGAAGCGCACCUCUCCUCGAUAGCGCUCAGCACUGUCGAAGCUUCGAGAACGGUCGCACAGAUAUUGUACGACAUGCACAACAUCUGAGAACUGCACAACGGUCGCGCCGACCGUGCCUGAGAGAGAUAGAUGACGUGAGCGAGAUAGACUGUGUACGAUAGUGAAACGUUUACUACUGUAUCUGAUUGUACUAUUUCAGUCCAACAGCAGCUUCGAUUUAGUUCGGAUGCUAUCGAACUUCUUUUCCCUUCAAAUCAAAAUAAUCAAAU